AUGUUUGCGGAAGUACGUCCACGAGUUUCAUCAAGGCGUUUGAAGCAUGUCUGUGGAGGUUUUAUUGAAGAUAUUUGCUCCAAAAAGGACGCACUGUGGACAUGGCCCGAUCUCUCCAGGUCCUCUCCCUGCUCUCCAGGCUUGGUGCAAUGUCAGUGAUUCCCUCUGCUUCUCUUAAUGGCUGUCGAUUUGCAAGCAGAGGUGCCAGCAAGGUAUGGAUGGGACAGAGCCAUGUGCACAGAGACAGACUGCCGAACAGAGCUUCAAGACACAGAGAUGAGAUGUCUGAUGAAGAAGGACUGGCCGAUGUAGAGGAUGUAGAGGACAAGCUGCAGGCCUUGGAGGAUGAGGGGAGAAAGAGGCAGAAGAUAUUGAAAUAUCACAUACUGAGAAGGCAGAUGACUCCAUCAGGAGCUCCACAGAGGAAGCUAACCUGGGAUGCUAUUGAGCAGAUCAGAUAUCUGAAGCAAGAGCAACCAGAGGAGUGGACAGUAGAGCGUCUGGCGGAGGGCUUCUCUGUCACCCCUGAUGUCAUCCUGAGAGUCCUCAGGAAUAAGUUUGUCCCCACUGCUGAAAGAAAAGCCAGACAGGAUGCUAAAGUGUUGGCUGAACUCAGUCAGCAGGGGCUGCCUUCAGGUGCAGGCCGAGAGAGGGUGAAGCUGCCUGGAAGCAGCACACCAGCUGUACUCCUGCCUGGAAGUGAAGAAGAUGCAGUGGAGCCUGUGGCUGAGAAGACUCUGAUGCUACGAGGUGAAGGCUCAAGAUCCCUUGCGGAGAGUCAUGCCCCUGUUACCGCUCUCCCCGCCAAGCUCAGAGCCGGUAAUAAUAAAGAUGCCUUGGUGACCACAUCAAGAGAAGAGUACAGUGCUGCUACAGAGGAGGUCAUAGAGGAGGAGGAGGAGAGCUGGGAUGGAUGGGUGUUGACAGAUGAAGAACUUGAGGAGUUUAUGGGACAAGAGCCGUCCUCUGUGGUGCAAGUUGGGAAAGAAUUAUUUGAUGCAGAUGGCAAUUUUCUGUACAGACUCACCUGAAGACUUCCUGUGUACCAUGUGUGAUGAGACUGACUUCCUGAACAGAUCAUUACUGUACAGGUUAAACUGGCAAAAUAAAACAAGAAUUGCUGUA